AUGGCAGCUCGCACGGGCAUCUCGUCUUUACUCACAUCUUCCUGCUCAAGAAGCACCCCCUCUGCCUACCGGGCCACCCAUCGCGCCUUCUCCUCGUCCCCAGUCUCCGCCGCAUUCGCGAGCAGCAAGCCACGCGCCGCAACCACCUCAACGAGCACAACAGCGAAACCUGCCUCCACGACAGCAGCCAAGCCUACCACAACUACUGCAUCUCCAUCCACAACUCAGCGCACAGUCACACCCAGCUUUCCCGCUAAAGAGCCUCCUGUCCCGACCAUACGCAACGCCUCAGCAACCGAUGCCACCGCAGGGCAGCGCUCCCUUACAGACGGGCUAUCAGACCAACCCGCCGAGAUAGAAGGCGUGCCAGCAAUUGACUGGACGCGCUCGUACCACGGUCUUGGUAGCGUUUCCUUCUCGCCCGAGCAGCAGGAGGUACUUCUCGCGCCCAUCGCUCAGGAUGAUGUAGAGGUGAAGCCUGACGGCAUAAUAUACUUGCCCGAGAUCAAGUACAGGCGGAUAUUGAAUAAGGCGUUUGGACCCGGUGGAUGGGGGCUUGCACCAAGGGGUGAGAGUAUCGUGACGGGCAAGAUCGUCACGAGGGAAUAUGGUUUGGUUGUUCAGGGGAGGCUUGUCGCUAUUGCGCGCGGCGAGCAGCAAUACUUCGACCCGGACGGCAUUCCCACUGCGACUGAGGGCUGCAAGUCCAACGCUCUGAUGCGCUGCUGCAAGGACCUCGGUAUCGCCUCUGAGCUGUGGGAUCCGCGCUUCAUUCGCACUUUCACCAAGGACUUUACUAAGGAAUUAUGGGUGGAGCAUGUGGCGACCAAGAAGAAGAAGAAGAUAGUGAUACGCAAGGAUGAUACUGUUCGCUAUCCCUUUAAGGUGUCACAGUGA